AGCCGCUCUCCCCGCAGUUGCACCUCAACUGCCGAUUCGGCCCCAUGUUGGGGUUUGCAACAAGAACCGGCAUCAAAUUGCACCUGGCUAACCUGGUUCAUGGCAAACUGCGAUGAAAGCAUCUCACCCGGCUUACGUCCGUCAAGGCGAGGAGACUAUUUAAGCUAGCAUCAAGCCUGUUAGACCAUAGGUGAGCGAUGCAUGUACGCAAAGAGUUGGCCCAAGCUACACGUGGACUUGUUAGGAGUGGAAGUAUUAUGCGCAGCUUCAUCACAGACGCACCCAGCAUAUAUCCCCGUGUGUACAAGGAAUCGCAGGGACCCAAAGACACCAGUCCGGAGUCAUGACCCGGCUGCUGCCUCAUUUCUUCUGCCCCUCGACGAAAUUCAGCGCCUCCUCGGUUGGAACGCAGUCAAUCGUGCUCGUCUUGUUGUGGAAGGUCACGCCAUAACACUUGUCAGCGACAUGGACAAUCUCCGGCCGGAACGUGGUACAGAUGAACUGCGUCUUCUGCUCUUUGGAAAUGCUACUGAGCAGGCUCGCCACGGCCGUCCGGUACUGCGCGUCCAGAUUGGCGUCGACCUCGUCAAAAAUGACAAAGGGGCUCGAUUCGGCAGCCUGGAGGGCAAAGAUGAGGCAGAGGGCGCACAAACCUAUCAAGGUAAAUUGUUAGACAAGGUGCAACUUGGUGCUCGAAACUGGGGAAAUGGCUCUCUACGCCCGUUGUUGGUUCUUCAUCAGAUUCGUCGUUAUUGCGGUUCUUGCUGCGGUCGGCUCUGCGCUGGAUAACAAGGCGCCCGUGCCCGGCGGGUACAAGCUUCUCAAAAAUGGUCGCAAAUUCCUUCGAGACCUGCUUGAAUGUUCGUUCAAUAGCCUCAUCCUUCUCUUGGUCCAGAUGCUCGAUCAGCGCCUCAAUGGAAGCUUGCGAAGUAUCA